AUGAACUACGAUCUUCCCUCGGUUGCCGAUCUCAAGCAAGCCGUCGAGAGCGGGCAGCGGAUCACACGCGAGGACGUCUCGGUGAUCUCCCACGCCGAAAGCGCCCUGACAGGACGCGGGCCUCUCCGAGGCGGACCAGCUGCCUUGGCCCAAAGCCUCGCGAUGCGGCAGAUGAACUUCGAUAGCAAAGUCAACGAGGUGUCACGGAAACCACAAAGCCUCAUCACGCAGGGUGAUGCGCGGGAGAUUCAGUCCACAGAGGGUCGUGCAUUCAACAGGCCCCCGGGUAUCGGGUCCGUUACCGCACAAGUACGGACUAUCGCGAAUCGGAAUGAAAUCCUGGGCCUGCCUUUAGUGACGGCAGAUAUGCCCGUAUAUGUGACCAAAGACGAUGCUCGCGAGGCUCAGCGAGCCGAGGACAUGCUGUAUGGGGGACACAUCCCAGGCCAGGGCAUGGCGGCCUCGAUGCAGGUAAGUUAG